GCCGCUAUCAUUAUAAUUGUGGUGUGGACUCUGUUAUCCUUUAUAUUUAAAAUGAUUUUUAGAACUAUACCUUUAUCAUUAUAGUUAUCCUUGGUGUGAAUGGGCCUUUGCUCAAGUCCCAGCAUCCUCAACUAUACAUUUGUAAAUAUCUCUAAUUUGUUGUAGUAUGUGUGAUAUUUAUAACAAAAUUGAGAAAAAGGUAAUAAAAUAUAAUAGAAUUAUUAUAAAAUUAAAAAAGAUGUGCAACAGCUGUGGAGCCCCAUAACAGGUCAGGUAAUUAGAUUCCAUCCGUUGUGUAACCACUGCCUUCCUCUUUAGACAACAGGAACUGCAUUAAGCAUACAUGCUUGAAAGAGGCAGCAUGAAACUAGGAGGAAUUCAGCAGUAAUACGAUCGUUCCACAUUACUUUGAUCAUCACCUUCCAGUAAAUUCAGUGUAUCAGUGAUACAGCCCUAAGAGGUUGGAUAACUUUGUUCCUGGUUAUGUGUUCAGAAGGUGAGGAUGGGUGUUACUGUUUGAGGAAUUAAAAGUCCUCCCAGUCGUUCUCUCAUUCAGACCGAGCAGGAGAUCAUGGAGGCUGGAUCUGUCCUUUUGUCAAGGAACUUGGAAUGGUUCGUUUUCAACGGCUCCUCCACAAGUUCUCCCAGCAUGCUCAACAGUAGCAUACACAGUCCCUUGCCCGAAGAAUCAUACUUGAUGUCGGGAAGACCACGGCAUGCAUUCGGGACUGUAGGGGUUGUCAUCAUCGUACUUAUCACUAGCUGCAUCAGCCUGCUAACAGUCCUAGGUAACGUCCUGGUUCUGCUUUCAAUCAGCGUCAACCGUAAUCUCCGAACCAUCAACAACUACUUCCUUUUUAGUCUUGCUUGUUCAGACCUUAUCGUCGGUGUGUUCUCCAUGAAUCUCUACAUUGUUUACGCCGUGAAGGGAUACUGGCCUUUGGGACCGCAGAUGUGCGACUUGUGGUUGGUUGUGGAUUACGUGGUCAGUAACGCCUCGGUGAUGAAUCUACUUCUGAUCUGCUUUGACCGGUACUUCUGCGUCACCCGGCCUCUGAGUUACCCAACCAAACGUACCGCAAGGUGGGCAGGGGUGAUGAUUGCUGUGGCUUGGUUGCAGUCUCUGCUUCUCUGGGCUCCAGCUAUCCUGCUUUGGCAGGCUAGGAGGGACAGUAGCAAGGUCCCGGAGGGACAAUGUUACAUCCUGCUCCUCGCUAACCCAGCUGUAACCCUGGCAACCACCAUCCCAGCGUUCUACAUUCCUGUUGUAAUAAUGAUGAUAUUGUACACACGGAUAUCCCUAGCCAGUCAGAGACGGGUUUGUAAGUUGAAGUCUGAAUCCGCAAACUUGCUUAAACCAUCAAAGACAAGUGGAGGAACACCUACCGAAAACCCUGACCUAGUGAAUGACAUUAAACCGGAUGAAACAUGUUCAUUUAAACAAGAUUUGGAUCUCGUUAGAACCAAACGACUCUGUAGCAUGCCUUCCGUAGAGUUCAGCAAAAUGGACUACUCCUUGGAUUCAAGCCCUGAUGCCUCUGUGGAAGACCGAGAGCUGGAUGGCGAAACCUCAAGACCAAAGAGCUCGACAGGGUAUACGGAAACUAGCAGGACAAUGCAAGCUCACUGUUUUCCAAACCACACUACCGUUCAAGUUCAACGGCAAACAUCCCAUGUCAUCUUCAAGAAUGCCAGACGGAAGGCUCUGAGAGAGAGGAAGGUGACGAAGACCGUCCUUGCCGUUCUUCUAGCCUUCAUCGUCACAUGGACACCCUAUAGCGUUAUGGUUCUGAUUGGUACCUUCUGCCGCUGGUGUGUCCCUGAAAUUCUUUGGAUGGUGGGCUACUUUCUGUGUUACGUCAACAGCACGGUUAAUCCGGUAUGCUACGCGCUCUGUAACGCCACCUUCAAAAGAACCUUUAAACGACUGUUGAUGUGCAAGUUCAAAAAUCUGACAUUAAAAUGAGCCGGACUUAUUCAAAUCUUCAGUCUCCUAUCGAGCAACCAAUAGGGGACCUGAUUCACUAAAAUGUUGUGAAGCAGUUUUACUAGAGCCAAAAGUGAAAAUAUGUGUUGAUUGAGGUUAUUGGUGUUUCUGAUUGCACUCAUUACAUGCACAACUGUAUGAUGUAUUGUAAAGUUGCUUUUAAGUUGUUUGUGAGUGCAUUUUUAUCUAAACGGUUAAAUGUAAUUGCGUAAAUCAAAGCAACAGUUUACAGAAGACAUUGAUUCUUUUUUUAUGAGUGUGAUGCUGGUUUGUUAGAGCCAAAAGUGUAAUUGAAGUAUUCAGUGUUUAUCAUGUUGCUGAUAUUGCAUGCAUUAAAUCGUAAAGCCUUUUAAGUUGUUCGCAAAUGUAUUCUUUUAUGUCGCUAUGUAAAUCAAUGCGACAAAUUAGAGAAGACAUCCUUUUUUUUUUUUUUGGUUGUGGUGGUUUACUAAAUCGAAAAGUGAAAAUAAACAUGUUGGUUGAGUUUUGAUAUUUAUCGUCACUGCAAUUGCAUUUGUUUUACUACUUGUAUGAUAUGAUAUAAAGUUUGUAAGAUUGUUACUGUUUUACACAAUAAAUGAGUAAAAAACCUUUGGUUCUUAUUCAUUUGGUUCUCAUUUUGGUUCAAACAAAAACCCAACGCAUUUGUGUAUAUCAUGCUUGUGUUCUUAUAGAAAUUGUGUUGUUUAGUUUAACUAGAGUUAAAAGUGUUGCACUUUAUUUUACAGUACGUGCUCUUUCAAUGUACUUAUAGUGUACUUACCAAGAAAGUACUGAAUAAUAUAAAGUAACUACAUGGGUUAAGAUUAGGUUUAGGAUCACGACUAGUACCUAGUUAUUACCCAGUUAUUAUAAAAAGUUACUAUAAAAAGUAUAGUAUGUACAUGCGAAACAGGACUGUAAAUUAUAGUUCUACUGCUAAAAGUGAAAAUAAAAGUAUUUGGUUUGUCAUAUUAAAAUUGCAUGUGCCAAAUAUAGACCUUGUGUAGCCCCGCCCCUUUUCAGCACUGUGCUUAUCUGUCUUCCAGUUUGUAUUUCCACAGCAUGAAGGUAAGAUCUUACGGAUUUAUGAAUGAACGUCUCUUUUUAAAAACUUUCUGGUUUACAGACAUUCACUUCAAACAUUACAAUAACUUUUGUUAACUCCACAAUAAGUAAAUCCACCAAUUACUCUUCAACAGCGAUGCCAUAGGAAUAUACAGAUCUUAUUUUUAGAAAUAAAAUUCUAAAGAUGGCUGCGCGCUUGCUUCUCUGGCGCAUAAGGACUGUAUAUUUGACAUCAUAAAGUAAUUCCUAAGUUUGUCAGCCUUGAACAAAUGCGUAAAAACUUUUGAAAAGGCACAGUUUUUAAAAAGGCACCAGAAAGUAUUAUUGAAAAUACACUUUCAUUUAUUCACAACCUGUAGAAGUAAUCAGUUAGUGUUGUAAAUUUGAUUGUACAUCCAUCAAAUCUAAAAACAUAAACAUUUAUAAACAUAGAUACUUUAUAUAGGCCGUUACUUCCAGGAGCUGUGUUCGUUUAAGCAUUAUAACGUACAGAAAUCGUCUUCAAUUCGAUUUGUUGUAAUUUACAAAUACUUCCUUUUAGGGGCAUAAUUAGGGUCUUGCCACUUUUUCUCUUUAGUAAAGACAAUUUGUUAGACAACAGAUUUGCUGCGGCCUAUUUUAUACAUGCAAAGUCAAUUACAAUUAAAAA